AUGGCUGGUCGUAGAAGAAAGGGACCAGACGAUGAGGAUCCUCAAGCUCGUCAAAGGAACCUUCGUGAUAUCGAGUUAGAAGAUUUAAGGAGACAAGUGCAACAACUCGAGCAACGCCUUGCGCGUGGCAAACAUCGUGAAUAUGAUGUUGAUGGUCAUGAUUCAGAUGGUGGUUCUACAAAUAAUGAUGUGGAUUUUAAUCCAUUUCAUGAUGAUGACUCACGUGACCGUGCUUCUCGUGGUCCACAGUUCCGAAGAGACAAUGUCCGCAACAAGUCUUUUGAUUUUAAAGUUGAUAUUCCAGAUUUUGAAGGAAGAAAUAAUCCCAAUGAAUUCAUUGAUUGGCUCAAUUCUGUUGAGAGAGUCUUUGAGUUCAAAGAUGUUCAAGAAGAUAGCAAGGUGAAGCUGGUGGCUAUUAAGUUAAGAAAAUAUGCAUCCAUUUGGUGGGAACACCUUAAGAAGCAACGUAUGCGAGAUGACAAGCAAAAGAUCAGAACAUGGAACAAAAUGAAGAAGGAGUUAAGGAGGAAAUUUUUGCCAGAUAAUUAUCGGCAAGAUACUUUUCUUAAAUAUCACAACUUCAAACAGAAGGAUCUGUCCGUGGAAGACUACGUGGCUAAAUUUGAAAACCUCAUGAUGCGGUGCGAUGUUUUUGAGCCAGAAGAACAAAUCAUUGCUCGUUUUCUUGAAGGGCUGAGGUAUGAGAUUGGGAAUGUGGUCCAAUUGCAGUCAUAUUGGACUUAUAAUGAUGUAUGCCAGUUGGCUCUCAAGAACACUCCGGCAGCCAAAGAUGUAAAACAGAAAUCUGCCGCAAGUAAGGAUGGUGGUGCUGGUUUUGUGAAAUCCAGUGGUCCGACUAAUCAAAAAACUUGUUUCAAGUGCAAAGGGUUCGGAUAUUUUGCUGUCGAUUGUCCAAAUCGAAGAAUCAUUACUUUCAUUGAGGAAGAGUAUGACGAGGAGAAUGAGGAGACAACACCCAUUUAUGAUGAAUGUGACGAGGAGGAAGAUAUCACUUAUGAAGAUCAUGGGGAAGCUUUGGUGAUACGGCGUAGUCUCAACACCACCUAUGUUCCAGAUGAUUCAUGGCUUCGUAAUAAUAUCUUCCACACCCGAUGCACGUCAAAUGGCAAGGUGUGUGACAUCAUUGUUGAUGGAGGAAGUUGCGAAAAUGUUGUGGCUACAACUAUGGUAGAGAAACUGCAAUUAAAAACCAAAGAUCAUCCUCGACCUUACAAGCUAUCAUGGCUUCGGAAAGGUAAUGAAGUAAAGAUAAAUAAACGAUGCCUUGUGCAAUUUUCUAUUGGAGACAAGUACAAAGAUGAAGUUUGGUGUGAUGUUAUUCCUAUGGAUGUUUGUCAUUUGCUUCUUGGAAGACCUUGGCAGUUUGAUUGGAAAACACAACAUGAUGGAUUCAAAAACACUUAUGCUUUCGUAAAAGACGGCGAGAAAAUAAUUUUGGGGCCGUCAAGAAUGAAGGACAUUGUUAAGCCAUCUAAGGAAGAAGGAAAUAAUAUGCUCUCUCAAACGCAACUUGAGGAUGCAAUGAAUGAAUCCUUGGCGGCAUUUGCAUUGGUGAUUUUGGAAGAAAAUGAGGAGGGUAAUAUCAUUCCGCUACAAGUGCAGCCUCUUUUGCAAGAGUUUACUGAUGUCGUACCUGAAGAAAUUCCUCCGGGCCUUCCUCCCAUGCGAAACAUUCAACAUUGUAUUGAUCUAAUCCCUGGUGCGUCGAUCCCAAAUAAAGCUGCUUAUAGAAUGAAUCCUAAGGAACAUGAAGAGUUGAAGCGACAAGUUGAAGACUUGUUAGCAAGAGGUCUUGUGCAAGAAAGUAAAAGUCCUUGUGCCAUUCCAGCACUUCUUGUGCCAAAAAAAAUGAUUCGUGGUGUAUGUGUGUUGAUAGUAGAGCGUUUUAAGAUUGAUUUAUGGAGUGACUAUCAUCAGAUUCGAAUGCGGUCUGGAGAUGAGUGGAAAACCGCUUUUAAGACAAGAGAUGGUCUUUACGAGUGGUUGGUUAUGCCAUUUGGACUUUCUAACGCACCCUCUACCUUUAUGCGGCUCAUGAAUCACAUGUUUAAACAAUUCAUUGGGAAGUUUGUUGUUGUCUAUUUUGACGAUAUUCUUGUGUAUAGCUCCAGCCCAGAAGAGCACUUAAGUCAUCUUCGACAAGUUUUUGGAGUGCUAAGAGAACAGAAGUUGUAUGCCAAUUUGAAGAAAUGUCACUUCUUCACCAACAGCCCCAUCUUUUUGGGCUACAAUAUUUCUUCCGAGGGCAUCAAGAUGGAUCGGGACAAGAUUUAA